GAACUUCCGGAAGCAUCUUCGGAUGGUGGGCAGCAGAAGGAUUAAAGCACAGAGCGGAGACCUGCAGGCCUCUUGUGGUACCCUGGAUGAAGGAGGCGUUGAUGACAACUUAGACUGGGAGGAGGAGAGAGAGAUGGAGAGGCAGGCCUGUGAAGGAGAUGAUUUUGUACCUCCUAAAAUCAUGCUGAUCUCUUCGAAGGUCCCCAAGGCAGAGUACGUUCCCACUAUAAUCCGCAGGGAUGACCCCUCCAUCAUCCCCAUACUCUAUGACCAUGAACAUGCAACUUUUGAUGAUAUUUUGGAGGAAAUAGAGAAGAAGCUCACAGCUUACAGGAGAGGAAGCAAGUUCUGGAGGAUGCUCAUCUUUUGUCAGGGAGGGCCCGGUCACCUGUAUUUACUGAAGAAUAAAGUGGCAACCUUUGCUAAGGUGGAAAAGGAGGAGGACAUGAGCCAAUUCUGGAGGAGGCUUAGUCGCUUCAUGAGUAAAAUCAACCCGGAACCCAACCUCAUCCACAUAAUGGGAUGCUAUGUCCUGGGUAACCCUAAUGGAGAGAAGCUGUUCCAGAAACUGAAGAAUCUGAUGAGGCCUUAUUCUGUAGAGUUUGAGUCGCCGCUGGAGCUGUCGGCGCAGGGCAAAGAGAUGAUUGAGAUGUACUUCGACUUCCGCCUCUACCGACUUUGGAAGACACGCCAGCACUCCAAACUCUUGGACUAUGAGGAUUUUUUGUGACGAAGACACCUAGACAACAGGUGCAGCGGAGCACUCCGGCCCCACGACGAGAGACCUGAUGAAACCGAUCCAAUGACUGAACAAUGCUCAACUGUAGUGCUCGACCCGCCAACUCAAUAAUAACAAUCAUUCCUGCUUUCAUCCGGGAGAGGAGGAAGAGGCAUGGCGGGAUAAGGAGGCUGAGGACAAACAAAAAUAUGCUGUGCCUCGGCUCCGCCUCAUUUUUAGAGUGAGGAUCAAAGACGAACAAAAAGGGCCAAAAAAAACGCAUAAAAUAAAAAACUGGAGGAAAAAGCAGAGACAACUGGACUAUACACAUCUUAGUCACCAACUCUCUUUGCCUCCUGAGUUUGAAAGCAAAAAGGAAAAUCUAAAAUUGUGUAAAAAAGAAAUAUCAUCUUAGUCACACCUCUGUUGUAAGGACAAACUUCUUGAAGCUGAUGUGCUUUGGAAAAAAGAAAAAUCACUGAAACUCAUUCCGUCAUAACAUGGUUCUGUGUUUUGACUGGACCUCUCAGAUGAUCCCAGAACCUGGAGACAUACAUACAUAAAUAACCCAUAUGUCGAUGUGCGUGUAUAUAUAUCACAUGAAUAUAUUAGCAUAGCUUUAGUCAUGCAAAUAAUACUCCAUAUGAGAAUAAUGAUGCAUCAUUUAUUUUUGAUGUGCAUUGUUGUGCAGUUUCAUAUGGAAAUACUUUGGAAUAACUCAGGUUUUAGCCAUGAAGUAAUUAAUCUGUUUGUCUAUUCUAUCAAGAUAUUGUAAUCUUCAUCUCCAUCGCUUGGAAUGAAUGUAUUAUCUCUCUAGAAAUGUAUCUUCAGUUUGAGGAAUUGAGCUUCAUGUUUUGGUAAAAAACAAAAAAAAAACAAUGGAUAAUAUGCUGAUUUCUGUGUGUGAGCGUGCGCGUCUGGAUGUGUUUUCCAUGUAGAAAAAAGAAAACGUGCAGAUGAGAAAAGUAAUUGUUUAACACCUUCAUCUCCCAAUUUCUGUCACAAACACACAAAGACAUUGUAGUAUGAUUCAUGAUGUCAAGAGGGAUGUAACAGCCAUCCAAGUGCUCCUAGCCCUGUAGUGUAGGAGUUGCCCUAUUGAUCCCUCCUGCUCCUUCGCAGAAGGUUCAGGCCACUUAGUCGGCCCCUGUCAACAGUGCCAGCUGCUCUCACUAUCUGCCAAACACUCUUGGCUUCUCUUAAUGGCAGCCAAACGAGCUUCCGCCACCUCUAACUUCACUGGGCUGUGAUCCAGUCUGAGGACUGGAGUUCUCCGAAUUAAACAGAACUGCCAGGAGUUUAAGCUGUUAACAGACAUCUGCUGCCCCUGCCAGGUGUCAGCUAGUUAAAAGGCCAGAAAUAUGCUUGUGUGUGUCUGAGAUGGUCACACUACGACCUGAGAUGUCUCAAAUAGAUUAGGGAUGGUUAAAUAUGGAGAGCAGCGGCCAAACAGCAAUCUGAAACAAUGUGCAAGCGCUCACUCACACACACGCGCAAACAAAACCCUAGGGCUAGGAUGAAAACUUCAAGAAAUCAAUAAAUCAGGAGAAAAUUAAAAAGUAACUGUCCACAGAUUUUAAAAAUGAGGUUCAGUUACCUUGACAUGAUGAGUACUACUAGCCUGUGGAAACAUUUAUAUGAUGUCAUCUUUGGGGGAACCGAGUGCAGCUGAGUGAGGUGGAGGACAGUUGUCCCUAGAGGAGCAAAGGGUUUAAGUCAAGUCAAGUCAAAAUUUCUUAAGUUGGCGUUUUUAUCAGGGUUAUCUCAGCUUCGGCUUGAGACUUCAAACUUAUAACAGGAAGCAAUGCGUUACAAACUGUCAGUGCGGAAAGAUGUGGAAGUUAACCUGGCAGGGGAGGUCUAACGAAAGACACACUAGAUGAAUUAUGGGAAGUGUAGGAUUCAGGGUUUUGGGGACUUGACUAGCUACUACGGACUAAAAGUCAGGAUAUCUAAGCACUCAUAAGCCCCCUAACUUUACAGAAAUGCCAUUCUAAAAUCACUUGAAGCCCUAUCUUUUUACAUUUAUAUUCAACAGAAUAGUCAUAAAAUUUUGCCUUACGUAAUCACAUCUAAACUGGGACAAUGAUACUCCAAAAGCACAUAAAACCUCCAAUACUCUAGACUCAGCUUACCAUUUCAUUUCUCAGGUUGACAUGCUCCUGCAAAAAGGCUCUGAUGAAGGCAGACAUGCGUAUAUAUGCGUCAACCUUAGAAAUAAGCUGAGGCCCGAGUAUUCAGCUUUUGUGCUUCUAGAUUGCUCUUAUGAAAGUCUUUGUGUCCGCACUUAUCAAAAUGCUGCCACAUUUCAGCCUUGAUUUUAUGAAUAUGGCAACAAUCCAAGGAGACAUUGCUAAGUCACGCUACAGCUCACUGCUCCGCCAAUCACAGCAGUGUCCCACAAUGACAUCAGCCCCUGAAUGUCAGCAAAACAUCGCUGUAGAGCAACACGGCUAAGUGUGCUUUAAACCCAGUCAGUGACUGUUCGUAUAGGCUGUAGGCGUGCAGAAAGUUUACACAGUGCAUAUUUAUUUAAUAGAUGUCUGUGGUCCCAGCCCUGCAUAACACAUGCACACCCAGGCAUACACACAGACAACGGUAUUCUGCAUCUGUGUAUGGUAAAACACUUUUCCAUUUGUCAUUAUUUGUGUGGAUGUGUUAAUAUUUGAAGCAUUAUGUGCAGAUUUUUUGUGUUAAAGUCAACCAGUCUCACUGGAGUGCUCUCUAUCUCUCUACUAGCAGAACUCUGGUUUUUAUUUGCUUUUGCCCUCUCUCUGACAUUGCAGUGCAGGCCUAUAGUUUGUCUGGCACAGACAAGUGCUCUCUCAGCCUGAGUCACGCAGAACAUGUUUUCACUUCAGAUUUAAAAUUCAACAGUUACACGACCUGUCAUAUCAUUAGGCCAUUUUAAUUCCAGCAGAAGCAUUAAGCUGCCAAAUUAUCAAAGAUGUUGCCCUCAACAGCUGCUGGGUUUAAUGGAAUAUGUUUUUCUUUCAGAUUAGAUACGUGGACACUGGUUAAUUUAAAGCAAAGCAGCAAUGUGAUGGAUUCAGUCAAUUCAGAAAGCAUUUUUCUUAUGCCAUAGAAAACACUGACAAAAAUCUCAUUUUCAGUCUAUAAAAAAGUUACUGGUAAUUAAUCUUCUGUUUGAAUUUAUUGGGCUGAACUGACUAUACCAUGAAGAGCACUCUGACUCAGGAGUUUGAGAGAGCUUUCUUGUUUUCUUCUUCAGCAAAAAACCCCCAUCA